GUGAUAAAGAAAAGUCGUAGAAACGAAAACAACUAUAAUCAUAAUUUAACAAUUUUCCCAACUAGAUUCCAAUUAAAAUAUGAAGAAAAAGGUCCUUUUGAUGGGCAAAAGUGGAUCUGGUAAAACCAGCAUGAGAUCCAUAAUAUUUGCCAAUUACAUUGCAAGAGACACCACCCGACUUGGAGCGACAAUCGAUGUUGAACAUUCACAUGUAAGAUUUUUGGGUAAUCUUGUGCUUAAUCUUUGGGAUUGCGGAGGACAGGAGUCGUUUAUGCAGCAAUAUUUUGCAUCGCAAAAAGAUAAUAUUUUCCGAAAUGUUGAAGUUUUGAUUUAUGUGUUCGACGUAGAGAGCAGGGAGCUGGAACGUGAUGUGCAUUAUUAUCAAUCUUGCCUGGAGGCCUUGUUGCAAAACUCUCCAAAUGCAAAAAUAUUCUGUCUCAUUCAUAAAAUGGAUUUGGUUGCGGAAGAACAACGUGAGAGCCUUUUUAAAGGGCGUGAAGAAGAUCUAAUCCGUUUGUCUCGGCCGGGAAACAUCACUUGCUUCAGAACAAGCAUUUGGGAUGAGACUCUAUACAGGGCGUGGUCUAGUAUUGUGACAAUGCUAAUACCCAAUGUAGCUGCACUAGAAAACUCUCUAGCUCAUUUUGCAAGUGUAAUAGACGCCGAUGAAGUUCUACUCUUCGAAAAGGCUACAUUUCUUGUGAUAUCUCAUUGUCAGAGUCGGCACUACCGAGACUCUCAUCGCUUUGAAAAAGUCUCCAACAUCAUUAAACAAUUUAAACUAAGCUGCUCUAAGUUAGGUGCAAAGUUCCAAUCAAUGGAAGUCAGGAAUAGUGUAUUCGCCGCAUUUAUCGACACCUUUACUAGUAACACAUACAUAAUGGUGGUGAUGUCGGAUCCUAGUAUGCCAUCCGAAGCGACUCUAGUAAAUAUUCGCAAUGCACGAAAAUACUUUGAAGAGCUAGAAAACCCCAACAGUACUGUUGUGAGUCAUCAAUACCACUGAGAUUACAUCGAAAAUUCGCCAUAUUUGUAGUUAGUUAUUCGCUUCUUGAUUUUUGUUUUCGCCUUUUUAAAAGAAGCAACCUUUUCUUUGCGGGUUUAGUACAUAAAUAUUAAUGAUAAUAUAUAUUUUUUGAAUAUCGUUAUAAACAUUUAAACUAUAGACUAAUAUACAAGGAAAUAAAUUCUCUUUAAACUUUAUGUAAAAAGAAAAACGAAAAAACAGUGACUAAGCUAUUUACAUAAAAAUA